CUCGGGGGCCGAAGCCUAAGCCCAAGCCCUCAAGAAGUGUAAGCCUAACAGCCACAGCAUUUUCACUUCGCGGUGAACUUGGGGGACCCCUUUUUCAGUAGUGAUGAUGUUGGUUCCCAAGCUAGAGCGGAAAGUGGUGUCAGCGGAAACGGAACCAAGACCGACGACAUAAAAAUGUGCGGUGUCUCUUUGCCUCUUUGCGCUGUCUCGGGCCCUAGUUCCAUCGGUCUUGGUGGAGAGGACAGGAGAAGAGGGGCCCGGCAUAGCCACCAUAGGCCCUUCCCCCAACCUCCAGUUGCUGGGCGUUCAAGUUGUGGCCCGCGGUGGACGACGGACUCGAGACACUUGUGUUUUGGCCGUCCGUAGGGCAGCAUAGUAUCGGAAGUGCACCUCUCGUCCGCUUGCAGCUUGAACUCGAAGCCAUCUGCUUCAGAAGCGCAUGGGGCUUAAUAUAGUAUAUAUAAAUUCCAUUGAAUGUCCGGCUUUCAGCAUUGGAUUGCAGUGACGAUCUGUUUGUUGUCCAACUUCAAGUCUCCGACCGCAUGGGCUGCUCCGCGGCUACUCCGGACCGACAAUCUCGGAGCAUGCAAAGCGUCGCUUACUAGGACUAGUAGGUACAUAUUGUACAGCUGUAGAUAUCGCUCAGAUCUCGCCUGGUCAAUCAGUCCAAGUCCGGCAGAUGAUUCCAGCAGAUGAACAUGGUCUCCAAAAUCCUGCCGCCCUUUCUUGAUUUGAGGCUACUCUCCCGCCGCUUUACUGACGCUGAGGCACACCCGCUUCUUCCGAAGCACUCUAUUUUGUCUUCCUGGUAGUAGUGGUGGUGUUUUUGAUUGAUCUUUCCCCUUCCUCUUCAUCUGCAAGACCGACUCUCGUCAACUUUUAUUGCAGAGGUGCCAAGGAUGUAUAGCUGGAUCAUGGUUCCUUUCCGUGUGGUCUGCCAGAUCAGCACCCGCAGGCACGUCCUUGUAAACUGCAACUGCGGUGCCGCCAGACGAGCUCAGUAUCGAUUGAGCAUUGUGGGGACUUGGACGUGGUGAGAACACUGGCCUCGCGCAUGACAGCACCCCAGCCCGUCCGCUUGCUGCAGGACACUUAAUAGCAGGACCUUCUUCUAGGUCAAGGUAAGUUAUUCCGUAUCAUAGACGUCCUCUGGGCUAUAGAGAUUCAACUCUAUACUUGCUCGUCACCCUCAUAACCUGGCGUUGGCGGCCAGCUCGCAAUCUUGACUUUGUCAGUCUGAAGAUAUUCCCGAUCGAUCACAACUUCUCGGAGCGACCACAGCCUCGAAAGUAAGGUCUUUUCCGAAUACCGCAUCACAAUGACCGUUUCCCUACGUUUUGGGGAGAUGCACCAAUUCUUCGAUUGAGUACGCCGAGACGUGUACGUGUACUCACAUGCUAUACGAUAUGGCCAGCUUGCAUUGCGACGGCUUGCAGACCCUGAUCGUUGCCCUCAAGUUUUGGGGAUAUGAAGUGAGACCUCUGGCGGACACUCACUGUUGUGCGCCGAAAGGUAUUCCGCAGUCCCGACAACCACGACAGUAUCAGAUAAUCGCUUGAUGCGUCUCUGCUGCUGAGAGCUGCCCUCAGCUGGGCGACCGGAACUCUGCUGGUAUCAUUAUCAACAACCAUCGUCGUACUAAGACCUGUACACUUCGAAGUCCUUUCCCCUUGAAUCUGGCCAAAAUCCCGGAUUGAAACGCCCCUGAUGGUACCGUCGACUGUCAAUCAAGCAAUCCGGUACUAGUGUCUUUUGCCUGGCCGGAAUUAUUGCUGGGAAGCGUGCCUAAGGACACGACUGCAUCUAGCACAGCCUGGAAUUGUCGGCUUCUGGUUUGUCAACGUCGCCCUGCUCGCCCUGCGGCCCGUUCGGCCAAGCAACUGAAGCAAGCUGUUAGCGAUAGGUGUCCGUGGCAAGUAGGCUGCUCCACGAGCAGCCUUGAACCCAAUUAUGGCCGCCUUAGUGGCACGCAUCUCCGUUGUACGCCAGAACCAACUCGUCCGCACGUUGGAUGAGUUUGACGAGGAAAUACGCAGAGCUUGGAGUUUCCAUUACGGAAUCAGGCCAGAAUCCUGCCGUACCUUAUUCGCCCAUUUCCAUGCUAUUAUAUGGUUCUCGACGGGAGAGCGGUGCUUGCGACGAGCCAUAUAUGGGAGUCGGUCUCUUCCCAGGUAUGCUGCGUGAACGACAUUAGCUGUGCGUCCUCAACAAAUUCGAUGAAAAGUGACCCAUAAUCCCCGGAUAGAUCUUUAUACGUUCGAAGCAGCUCAUCGGCGUUGUACCUUAUGCGGUCCAACAGAUUGCCUCGUCGACCUUCGGCUGUCUACGCCUAAAAAGCGGUGCAGUACUAGUAUGCAUCUCGCUCAUGCUCCCGGAUAGGCUAGUGGACGCCCCAGCGCUUCGGCUAGUUUCUCUGGUUCCGCGGCAGCAACACCGGAUGCCAAUCAUCAACGCAGUACCGUGACACGAACACACAGCAUUGUUCCCAAGGCCUGGACCUUCAGCGCCGUUGGAAGCAGUGGUAUAUGCACCGCGAGCCUACCCAGAAACUGAUUGCUAACCCAUCCACCACGGACCGGAUCUUGGUCGCUCUGCAGUUCUUGUCGCUUGAAUGGUUUCCCGCGUGAUUGGCACCUCCUUGCAGACACGUACCCGCCCACUCGAGUUACCAGCCUGUACAGCCUCACUGAUCCUUUCAUGUCACGGCCCUAGGCCAAUGCACUCAUCAUCAUGCAAGGGUGACGUGUCAAAUCUUAGGUGCUACGAAGGCUGGAGUGUCGUUAAAGUUAUUAUGAGGUGUGGUCUGGGAUCCUCGCUCGGCCCGACCCCUGCCCCAUCUUAGGCGAUCUCGAAUCCCUCUCUCCCUUGCUGUGAGGAAACGACAUCCCAUAUCGUAGACUUCCCUCAAGUGCGCCGAACUUCCCAUUCUAUGGGUUCGUCUCAGGAUGCAGCAUGGUUGAGACGAAGACAUCUCCCUUCAAAACCUACUUUGACGAGCUGGAAGAGACUGACGGUGAUGAUGAGUAUCGGGCAUGGUUAGUAAGAGUAUUUAACGCAAAGAAAGACUUGGUCGAGUUUGCUGGUCGUUGCCGGCCAGGAGGAGGAACGGGCAGCUAUGUCGAAUUUCUCAACGGCUCAUUCAAUUUCAGCUUCCGCGUCAGCUUCAACGAUGGACAAGACGUGAUCAUUCGGUUCCCUAAGCCUGGUCACACCACUUUCCGAGACGAGAAAGUGACAAACGAGGUCCGCGUCAUGGAGUACUUAAGGCAGAAUACUACCAUUCCUGUGCCUCAUGUACACAGCUGGGGGCUCACAAAUGAAAGCCCACACCAACUCGGACCAUUCAUAAUGAUGGAUUUCAUAGAAGGAAUACAUUUGUCAACCAUCUUGGUCCAGCCUGCUGCACCAGAGUUGGUUCUCGACCCGAAUAUCGACAAUGAACUGUUGGACAAAAUCUACCGUCAGAUUGCAAGGUACAUGCUCCAACUUUCUCAACUUCGAUUCUCUCAGAUUGGCGCCAUCUCGAAGGAUAACAAUUCCAAUACCUGGCAUGUGGCGGCAAGACCUCUCACCUACAACAUGAACGAAUUAGCUACCGUUACUCGUUUCCCUGAAGACCAGUUUCCCACAGAGCCAUUCGACCGCACAAGCGACUAUUUCAAGUCAGUCGCUAAAGAGCACUUGACCCAUCUAUGGACGCAGCGCAACGUGGCCGACAGCCCGGAAAUCGCUCGAGGAAGGUUCAUAGCCCGCCAUCGAAUGCUCGACUUGAUCCCAAAAUAUUGUGUCGACGAUGAUGCCGGUCCGUUCAUCCCAUUCUGCGACGACCUGAGACCUUCGAACAUGCUUGUCGACCCGGAAACCUACCGGAUUACGGCUGUUUUUGAUUUCGAGUUCACCAACGCCAUGCCGGCCCAGUUUGCUUACGAUCCGCCGUGGUGGCUGCUAUUGUCCGGGCCGGAGGUGUGGUUUGAUCGUUGCGCCCCGCAAGAAUUUGUGUCUCUCUAUAAGCCUAGAAUGGAGCAGUUUCUACGAGCACUGGAGCAGAUUGAACUCGAAGAAAGGUGCAAUUGCAAUGGUGAUGGUGAAGCAGCGCCAGCAAAUGUGCAGCAGCAGCAGCCAAAGGAAUCAGGACUGAGCCUUGCUGCUAUGAUGCGUGAAUCCUGGGACACGGGCCGGUUCUGGUUCAACUAUGCGAUGAGAAAGAGUUUCGACUUGGACGUGGUCUAUUGGACUGCCCUGCGACAGCAUGAUGAUGAUGACAAAGUCGCCGCCCUGGAAAUCGAAAUGCGUUCGGAAAUGGAGAACUUCGUACAGGUGAAGAUGGAGCAGUUCAAGGUAUAUGAGGAGGAAUGUCGCGUACGUUUUCACCGGAAAUAGGAACAUCGCUGACGAGUUACGUUUUUGGUGCUCUUUCUCGUGAAAGAUUGAGGAGGAAAGAUUCAGUGGAGUUGAGGAGUCACAGAAGGAUAGGGUAUACCUGGGAAAGAAGAUGGAAAGGCGAUUUACUCUCUCGAUUUACUCUCUCGAUUUACUCUCUCGAUUUAUUCUCUCGGGUUUCGGGUUUUCGACAAUCCCAUCCAUGAGAACACUCAAGCUGGGGUAUGAUCAUGGAAUGUCGCUGCUAUGCAUAGAUCCUACAAUAUCGGAUCUAUUAAACUGACGUUAUGAUGAUGAGAUGACCAAUGAGAGAUGAUGGAUCUAGCGGUUAUGUGAGAAAUGUUUCCUAGCACUACCGUCAGGUAUGAACUCGCAAUAGAAACAUUGCAAUUGCCAUACAUCCAGAAGGGAGAGAACUAAUCAGCUAUUUGAUCCACCAAGGACCAUGUCCUAAUCAUGGGCAGGCCGCAUAUAGUUACAUGCUGAUACGGAGAAAUAGGAUGGGGGCCUCUGACCUCUGAUGGUCGUAUACCAUAACCCUGCACAGCUUGAACUGCACAAACUUGAAACCCCGAACUGACUGAAUUGGACGCGACAGGAUGCAUCUUCGGACCGAAUGAAGGGGAGGAAGGGGAAUGCCAGGGAGCAGGGUCAAACAAACGGAGAUUUCUAUGAAUGGGGGAUGCCCGUGGGAAAUGGAUCUAGAUGUCCCUGAUAACUUGAACGUGCAAAAGCGGCCCGGCCCGUCCAAACAUUGAACGAUAGUAGGAUAUCCAGGCGAAGCUCGAAAUCAGAAUCAACAUACGGGUGGUGACCCAGGGAUCAUGGACAGGGGAAAAGCAAAACCCCCAGCUAGCAGCUUAGCCGCGAGACAUACAUUGUAUUAAAG